AGUAGCAAAUAAAUUAGUCAUACGUAAUUUAAACACCUGUUUGCAAGCAAAUGUAAUAAUGUUAUCAUCAUCACGCAUUAUAAUCAUAACAUUUCUGUUAAAAUUUAAGCAUUCUUGUGUUUGAAAUAAGAAAAGGUAAAAAUGAUGGCUAGCAGGUUUACGAGUCGCAGUACACUGCACAAUGCCAACAACACAACAUUGGAGUUACAGCAGGAUCUGGCUCGAAGUUCACCCGAGCAAUGUGUGACCCUAACACACAGCGUUCCCUCCGUGCAGAUGUACUGUGCUUUGAGAACCAAGCUUGAUAAUUGCUCGGAUAAAUGGCUACAGGAGUUUCUGUCUCUGGAUGGUCUAGACAGCUUGUUAGAUUCCCUGUACCAGAUGUCGGCACGUAGCUUCACAUGUAUAUCUGAUGCUAUAUUACAGAUGGACUGUAUCUCUUGCGUUCGUUGUAUACUAAACAACACAUUGGGACUGGAAUUCUUCAUCAAUAGUGAUGUUUGCACAAAGAAACUGACAAUGGCAUUGAAUUGCAAUGAGACAUUACCUAAGAAACAAGCAUUUGAGAUGUUAUCAGCAGUGUGUGUAUUCAGUAAUAUAGGCUACCUGAGGGUGAUGGAAGGCCUGUCUUAUAUAAAGAAUGAAUGUGACCAGUUACAUAGAUUCAGUAUGGUGGUGAGGGAUUUACAGAAAUGUGAAACUGUUGCCUUUAAAACUGCUGUCAUGACAUUUAUAAAUACAUUGAUUAACUGUACACCUACAGUAAUGGAGCGUAUGAGGAUCAGAAAUGAAUUUAUCGGUCUUAACCUACUAGAAAUGUUGUCAUACAUCAGAAGAGAGGAACCAGAUGAAGAUUUACUUCUACAACUUGAGGUUUUCCAUGAGAGGAAGUUGUCAGACGAGGAGAGUGUCUCUGCCAGUAACAGCAUAGACCUUAACAGCCCUCAAGAUCUUCAGGACCAGAUUCAAGCCAGGGUAUUUGGAACACCCAAGAUGGCUAACUUUGUCAACAUUUUACAAGAUUUGUUGUCUAUAGAAACUGUUUACAAAGAUAACAGUGGGAAACUAUGGCAGACGGUGGACAAUCUAAUACACCAUGUAAUACAUACAAUAAGUUCUUCUGACCUAGAUAAUAUACAGACGGAACUUCAACAAUUCCCGGAGCAGUUUGCACUUGGUCUACAAUGUGUGUUUGCCUACCAAGACACCGUCAAAAUGUCGUCUGCUGCAAGCAAACCAACAGGAAGUGGUGAUAAUGGCGGUGCACCAAAUGAACUUGGUCAGACUUCAAAACCCUGUGUCCCACACAAAUAUACAAACAAUAAUAAUGUUGUUGAUAUUGAGAGGAGAAGUGGAUUAAGUAAGAACAUAAAUUCAAGGAAGAAUUUCAAUCAGAAUUCUAUAGGAAGCACAGGGUCACACAACUCUUCUAGUGGGCAAUCUGAUCAUAGUGAUAACAGUGAAUCUCAAAAUAGAACUGUUACUAUUUUUAGACACAAUAUGUCGUCUGCAGCAUCAUAUCAGAAUGAUGUUAGUUCAGGAAGUGGUGUUAAUGAUAAAACUGUUGUCGUCAGAAAUAAAUACUGUUCCCCAACAGAACUUACAUUCUUCAGUAAUAAACUGGAUGACAGUCAGACGUCACCAUUUAACAAUUGUAGUAAGUCAAGCUUAGAGAGUUCUAGUUCACCAUACAAUGCUGACUUAAGCUGUAGUAUUUCUAGUAAACUCUCAAAGGAAAGUCAAGGACAUAAAACGUUCAAUAAAACAGAUGAGAGUAAACAAAAGUGUGAAAUGAAUAUAAACAUGUCAGAGAGCAAGGCCUAUCAGUAUGAUCAAAAUAAAAUUAAAAAUAAAUUAGAUGAUUUUUGCUACGGUUUACAAGAUAACAGAAAAUCUAGCAGCACACCAGUCUGUACAACAGGUAGAUAUUCGACAUCAAGCUUGAAGCAGUCUGAUGGAUGGCGGGAACCAGGGCAGUCUGUUCACAGGGAACCAGGAGAGAAGUGUCGUGGGAAUCAGAAGCCGAGUAACAGUAUAUUUAGACAAGACGUUCCUAAACCUACAAGAGAAUUAAACCAUCUUAAAUGGAUUUGUCUCACUGAUGAUAUGAUAGUUGGCCGGGAACCAUGUGUUUGGUUACCACCUAUCAUUAGUGACAAGACAACACCUGACUAUCAGAGAUUAGAUUCUACAUUCCAGAUAAAAUUUCCUGAACAUCUUGAAGCUAUUGAAGAGGUUGUUUUAUUAAAUGCUAAUACCAGACUGAGAAUUAACCUGUUUCUGAGUAGACUGGAUUCUGGUGCGGAGGAUCUGGUGCAACAUUUAGAAGAAGGGGACAAGACCAGACUUACAUUACCUAUGUUGCAAUAUCUCAAUAAAAUUAUGCCAUGUCUCGAGGAGAUAGAAAUGUUGAGACAGUAUAAAGGUCCGAGACUUGAACUUGGUAUGGCAGAACAGUUUGUCCUGCUACUAUCAGACAUGCCGGACUAUAGCAUACUGUUGGAGGGUCAUACAAUGCACCGGGAAUUUGAGGCGACGGUCAAACAGUUCCGGACAUCGUUAGAUACCAUGAUUGACCUGGCUAAGUUGAUCUUGAACAGUGAGGAAUUCAAACAACUGAUGCACCUUAUCCUUAAUGUGGGAAACUACCUGAAUUAUAAUCAGUUUCACGGUAAUGCUGCAGGAUUCAAGUUAUCAUCACUAGAACGUCUACAGGAGGUAAAAACUUCCUCCCCAAACAAAACACUCGUACAUUGUAUUGUACAGACUGUUGUAGAGAGAUGUAAAGCUGACUUCUCGUUUGUCCGGAAGUUCCUGCCACUAGAGAAAGCUGCUAGUUUCAGUAUGGAAGAAAUGAAAGCUGACAUAAGUAAACUAAAUGGCAAGUUGAGAUAUUUCAUGAACAAUCUAACACAGGCUAGUGGUAGUCUACAGAAAAUGUUCCAACCCUUUAUUGAGGAUUUAAAGAAAGAGUUUAGCAGCAUACAGAAUGCUACGACAGAGUUACGGACCCUGACUGAUGAUCUGGCAGCGUAUUUUUGUGAGGAUGAAACAAGAUUUAAUAUACAAGAUUGUUUUAAGUGUGUCAUAGCUUUCUGUAAAGAUAUACAGAAAUGCCAUAGUGAGACUAUGAGUUUACAAUGUCGUCAGCAAAUAGAAAAUAAAAGAUCAGGAGAUCUGCUGCAGAAGAAACUCAAGAGUAAAUUGUUGUCACUAGAGUUUGGCCAGAAUGCAGGAGCCAGCUCUUCAAUGAUGGAGGAGAAAACAAAAGUUAUAGAGAAGAUUGUUACCCAGCUUCAUCAAGGCAACUUUAACCCUUGCAUUAAAUCAACAAUGCCCACACCGGACCGGGAACAAGCACAUCCAUUGGAGAUGAGUUGUAUACCAUUUGUUGGUUCCCCGUCUCAGCCUAGAGGAGGACAGGGCACCAGUGAUAAUGUAUUCCUUGAUACACCAGAACUUGUCUGUGCCAGUUACGGCACAGAAAUUGAACCAAAGUUGUUGAUGAGAAGUAGCACUCAGAAAAUACGACCAGUCGCAACAUGUACAGCACAGACUGUCAAACCUGUGAACCAGUCAAAUAAACCCAACUACAUGCCUUCACCAAUCACUGCAGACCCAAAACAUGCUGGGAAAAAGAGUGCAACUCUUCAGAGGAAGUUGUUUCCCUUGACUGAUGGAAAUGAAGAGUAUCAAGAAAGGGAGGUAAUUGAUAAGAAAGCAGACGGAAAAACCAGAUUAGAGCUGCCGAGCAGAAAGACGAUGCAUCGUCGUAGUCGUAGUGAUAUGAUAGAUUCUAUUUGUGGAAACGAUAAAUGGAUUGAGUACGAGAAAACACGAGAACAGGGAGGCAGAAAUGCCCCGCUAGCCGAGCCAGAAAGUGUGUGCAAUUUGUCGAUAUUAAAUCUAGAAAAUCAUGGAAAAUUUGUGACCAAUAGAGAUGUUGCUGCACUGAAAUCUGUGAAAAAUGUAUGUAGUGUUGAAGAUGGACCAGUCAUGAGAGCGCCAGAUGCUAAGGGUCGUAAAGGAGAGAAGAAAUCCGGAGUCGGGGGAUUUUUCAGUAAAAUUGGUCGGGCAGUUCUUAAACCACGGAAUGUUUAUUCAGAUGGGGAUGAGUACGGCUUUCAGCCAGUAAAGGAAAGAAAGAAGUCAGUAAGUUCAGAUAAAGAAAAUGUUGACCUUGUUUCCAUGGCAACAGAUGAUAGGCAGGGAGCCAAUGAAAAGAAGAAUAAAGCUGAGGGUAACAGUAAUAAAGUGUCAAGAUUCUUCCAGCGUGGUGGUCUAUACAGAUCAUCAAAAAUGAAAAAGAAAAAUCAAAAUCAACUUCAGUGAAGGUUGCAUGUGUCAAAGAUUAUGUAUUAUAAACUACUGUUUAUGAAAAUGUCUUGUAAGAAUUGAACUUUAAGUGUCUCUGAUAGAAUAUAUUUUUAUUUUGGCAAUUUAUGGAAUAAUAGGGUAUCCUCUAUAAAUAAACCUUUUGCAAAUUAGUUCUUACAAAUGUGUCAUUUAAGUAAAAAAAGAAAUCAGUUUUAAAGCUGCAUGUUUCCAGAUGAGCUUAGAAAUAUUUCAGGAGAAUCAACCUUAAGAAAAAUGCGCUAAGAAUUUAAGGAAGGAAAAAAUAUCCACAAUUUAAGAAAUAAUUUUCAACUUAUGUGCAAUUAUUGACUGAUUUUGCAGUAUCUAUCACCAUAUUUAUACAGUGUUAUUAAAGGAGUAAGGGCUAUAUUUACAUAUUCUGACCUAUUGGUGGUAGUUUUUGUAAAUUUUGAGUGCCAUUUGCAAAUUACAUUUUUUGGUUCACUUGACAAUAUUUUACUUUUGAAUACAUUUUAAACAUUUCAUAAAAUUAUAGCAUACAUCUGAAGGCAUGUUGCUUUAGAAUUAUUACAAAUACAGUAAAUAUUGUAACUUUUGAGGAAAUCAGUCAAUUCAUAGCUGGAUUUUCUUUCCAUUUUGAUAAAAUAUUUUGAUAAAAAAGCCUGUUAGAUUUUGCUUUCAAACAAGAAAAAUUGGUAAGGGUCAGAGCUUUUGCUUUUACUUUGCUCGUAUAGAAUAGUGAGUCCAAUAUCCUUUCAUUUUAAAUUUAUAUGAUUGUUCAUCCUUU